CUGUCCCCUGUGUGUCCCCCAGGGAUGGCCGUGACCUGAGCCCGCAGCGAUGGAGCGGCCCCGGUACCGGGAGGCGACCCCCGGGGGCAGCGGGCCCGGGGGGGGCUCCGGAGCCGCCCGGAGCGGGAGCUGCGGCCACCCCCGCGCCACCGGCACCGGCACCGCCACCGGCACCGGCACGGCGGGGGGCGGCGAGGACGAGAGCGGAGAGCGCGACACUCCUGUCCCCAAACCCCCCGGGAGUGUCCCCAACCCCGGGGGUGUCCCCAGUUCUGAGGGUGUCCCCAACUCUGGGAGUGUCCCCAAACCCCCGGGUGUCCCCAACCCUGAGGGUGUCCCUGAGGGUGUCCCCAGUUCUGGCAGUGUCCCCAAACCCCCGGGUGUCCCCAACCCUGAGGGUGUCCCUGAGGGUGUCCCCAGUUCUGGCAGUGUCCCCAACCCCAGGACUGUCCCCAACUCUGAGGGUGUCACCAGCCCCGGGGGUGUCCCCACUCCUGAGGAUGUCCCCAACACUGGGACUGUCCCCAACCCCGGGAGUGUCCUCAGCUCCGGUGGCAUCCCCGGUCCUCGGGGUGUCACCAGCCCUGGGAGUGUCCCCAACCCUGAGGGCAUCCCCAGCUCCAGAAGUGUCCCCAACUCCGGCCGUGUCCCCAAACCUGAGACUCCCAGGAGUGUCCCCAACCCCGGGAGUGUCCCCAACCCCGGGAGUGUCACCAGCCCCGGGAGUGUCCCCAGCCCCAGCAAUGUCACCAGCCCCGGGAGUGUCCCCACCACCGAGGAUGUCCCCAGCCCUGAGGGUGUCCCCUCCCCCGGGGGUCGCUGUGGCUGCCGGGGUCCCCCGGCCGCUCCCCCGAGCCCCUCCCGGGACCUCCCGUGCGGUCUCGGCUGCCGCCACCGGGGACCCCCGCGGGACAACGGCGACCCCCGCGGGGCUCGGCGGCGACAACGCCACGACGAGCCCGACCAGCAGCUCGGCGACACCGCCGGGGGACAGCGGGGGACCCUGCGGGUGGCCCGGGCGGGGGUCGCGCUGUGCCUGCGCCUGCUCGGGGCUCUCCUGGCGCUGCUCUUCCUCCUCCUCCUCCUCCUCCUUGGCGGGCUCCGCUCCUUCCUGCGCGGCGGCUCCGCGGGGCUCCGCCGUUCCCGGGAGCUGCUGGCCGAGUGGCUCCGGCGGCGGGCGAGCCAGCGAGGUGGCGGCGGCGGCGGUGACGAGGAGGUGACACGUUUGGUGGCCAUGGCCGAGGUGGCCGAGGAGGAGCUGGACCCGUUCCGGGUGCUCGGGGUGGAGCCCACGGCCAGCGACACCGAGCUGCGGCGGGCGUACCGCAGGCUGGCGGUGCUGGUGCACCCCGACAAGAGCCGCGACCCCCGGGCGGAGGCGGCGUUCAAGGUGCUGCGGGCGGGCUGGGAGCGGGUGAGCAGCCCCGAGAGGCGGCGCGAGUACCAGGCGAAGCAGCUGGCGCGGAGGGAGCUGGCGCGGGCGCUGGGCGCGUUCCUGGGCCGGCUGCAGGAGGAGCUCAGGGACGCCAUGGACGCCAUGGGCUGCACCCGCUGCGGGGGACGCCACAGGCGGUUCCAGCUGGACAGGGACCCCCGCGGGGGCUGGUACUGUGCCCUGGGGGUGUCACAGUGUCCCCAAUGUCCCCACAGGCGGUUCCAGCUGGACAGGGACCCCCGCGGGGGCCGGUACUGUGCCCCGUGCGGGGCGUGGCACGCGGCCGAAGAGGGUGACCUGUGGGCAGAGUCCAGCCUGCUCGGCCUCAAGGUCACCUACCUGGCCCGCAUGGACGGCCACAUCUACGACGUCACCGAGUGGGCGGGCUGCCAGCGCGUGGCCAUCUCCCCGGACAGUCACCGUGUCCCCUACCACCUGUCCUUCGGCGCCAGGACAGCCACGCCCGCCGGACGCCAGCGGGCCCCCCCCAAGGGCAGCCCCCCCUCCCCCGCUGACCUCCAGGAUUUCCUGGCCCGCGUUUUCCAGGGGAAUCCGGUCCCGGGCGAGGCCGGGGGGGCUUUCCCCGCCCCCCACGGGGCUGCGGGACCCCCCCAGGGACCCCCCCAGGCCCAGGGGGGCCCCCCCAGAGGGGACACGAAGCACAAGAGGAGGAAGAAGGGGCGGCGGCCGCUGCCGCGCUGAGGAGACCCCCGAUCCCCACCCCAAAAAAAAAAAAAAAAAGG